GCUAUUCGAACCCCCGCCAGAAGCAAUCGCGUCAAUUGGAGUUUGAAAGCCCCUCAAUGGUCUGGUUUGCUCUUCGGGAUAGACCUGCGACAUCUCCAAUCACUAUUCAACACCAUUCCCGUUUAACUUGGAAUGGGCAGCUAGCUAAGCCGGCGUCGGCUCAAGGGUGUAGCGCCCGCUUGAUUGAUGCUGACGCAUUGGCUGCCGGCUUCCCUUAUCGUCUCCACUAGAACCCGAAUCGCUGGAAAUUCCUGGCCUGCACUGCUGGCCUUGAGCUUUAUCGAGUCGUGGGCGCUGCAGUGUCAAGCAUGUUGCAUGACCGGUGCCGAUUGUCCCGCCUCCCCGCACUCAUUUCCCCCACAAAUCGCGGUUACCCACGGCCUUUCCUACGAGACUGGGGCAGUCCACGUGAUUAUUGAUAAGAGAUGCUGCAAUAACAUCAUCGGUCCCUAUGGAUCUACGAACCUUUCGAAAAAGAGGGCGUUCGCUGUUUGGCUGGAAUGGGCCACAAUGGGCCCCUCCCCGCGCAAUUGCGCCGCCUGUUGGCCCAUGCCGGCCUUGAGCUUGCCGGCCGCAGCAAGAAUGCGAUGUCGGGGGAUAAAAGGCAGGAGACGGCUGCUGGCAACAAUGUCCAUCUAAUCACCCUUUGACUACUUAAAGGUCCGAUUGAGCUUCGAAACUUGUCAAACUGACUUCGUCAACGGCUUUUGCGGACCUGUCUUAUACCUACCUCGUUUGUUGGCAGGUCAUUUGCAUGUG